AUUUCAUCAUUUUGACAGGAAAAAGAUUCUGCAAUUGCUCGCAAUUACCACGUGACCUUAUCUAAGGCGAUAAGUCAGUGAUUCAUUUCGUUUCAUCGCAGAAGGCGUUCGUCGUUUGAUCAGGUUUGAGGCAUCUACCAGAUCCAUUAUGGCGACCGAAAGCAAUCCUAUUAAGUACAAAAGUCCAUUAGAAGCCUUCAAUUCUGGUCACAAAGAAAAACUAGCAUAUGUAACUUGUGUAUCUGCUAAAUGGAAAACAUCCGAGAAGCCAGAUUUUGUCGCAACAAUCGAUUUAGAUCCUGAAUCUCCUACUUAUUCAAAAAUUAUUCACAAACUUGAGGCAAUUCAUAUUGGAGAUGAGUUUCACCAUACUGGAUGGAAUGCCUGUAGUAGUUGUAGGGAUUGCUCAGUUCGUCGGAGUAAUCUGAUUGUUCCAGGUAUCAAUUCUGAUCGAAUAUAUAUCUUAGAUGUUGCAACGAAUCCACGUGCUCCGUCACUUUACAAAGUGAUCGAAACUCAGGAACUUCACGAAAGAGGAAAAGCAAGUGCUCCACACACGGUACAUUGCUUGCCAAAUGGGGAUAUACUGAUAAGUUGUCUUGGUGAUGAAAAAGAAGAAUCCAAAGGGACUUUUAUACUGUUGGAACAAGGCACUUUCCGAGUGAAAGGUACAUGGCAAGAAGAAAGUGAAAGCAUUGAGUAUAACUACGAUUACUGGUAUCAGCCUCGUCAUAAUAUUAUGGUCAGUACAGAAUGGGCAGGUCCAAAAGUUUUCAGAAAAGGUUUCUUCUUAAAAGAUGUGGAGAAUGGUUUGUACGGUCGUAGUAUUAAUUUUUGGGACUGGAAUGAAAAGAAACGCAUUCAAAGAAUCGAUCUAGGGAGUGAUGGCUUGAUUCCACUUGAAGUGAGAUUUCACCAUAACCCUGAUUCAGAUAUAGGAUAUGUGGGGUGUGCAUUAUCUUCAACCAUUUUUCAAUUUCGCAAACAAGGAGAUUCCUGGGUAGCGCAUUUAGUUGCCCACACACCGCCAAAAAAAGUUCAAAACUGGAUACUUCCUGAAAUGCCAGGUUUGAUCACAGAUAUUCUGAUUUCUAUGGAUGAUCAUUUCUUAUAUGUUAGCAACUGGCUUCACGGAGAUAUACGGCAGUAUGACAUAUCCGACUCAAAUAAUGUUAAGCAAGUGGGGCAGAUAUUCCUUGGCGGCAGUAUAUGUAAAGGUGAAAAAGUAGUAGUUACAGAAGACAAGGAACUUGAGGAGCAACCAGAGAGACCCUUGAUAAAAGGAGUUCCAGUACGUGGUGGACCUCAAAUGCUGCAACUCAGUCUUGAUGGGAAGCGAUUAUAUGUUACAAAUUCCUUAUUUAGCGCUUGGGAUGCACAGUUUUAUCCAGAAAAUAUCGAGAAGGGAUCCAUGAUGCUUCUGGUUCAUGUGAAUACAGAACAUGGUGGUCUGACUUUGGAUCCUAACUUCCUUGUGGAUUUUGGUCAGGAAGGAAAUAUUUUAGCCCACGAAAUGAGAUUUCCAACAGGAGACUGCACUUCAGAUAUCUGGGAAUAAAACAAAAUACUCAGCAAAAUUCCAAAGAUUUUUUUUAUGAAAUUGAUAAUGAAACUCAGAAAUAAAACUGCCAUGAUUUUUUUUUUCAA